UGCGAAACUUUAUCAAACAUGAAAUAUCACAUGACUACAAAAUGGCGGACAUCUAACACAUAACUAUUAGUAAUUAAGGUUAAAAAGUUAAAAUAUGACCAUGCAUGGACUGUAAUGGCAGAUGAGUAUAUCCGAUUGGCCAGUGAAAAUUCAACAAUGGACGGAGACACGAUAACAACGACAGUGAGAGGUACGUCAGCGGGUGUGACUAACAGAACCAAGAAGAUAAUGAGUAAAACAGGCACCAUGACCGAUGAGAUCGUCGAUGAUAGUAUACGGUAUCAUACUGAUGAUGAAUACAGCUUUCUUGCUGCAGGAAGAGAUUUUGAGUCAAUGAACACAACUCACAAGUACACUGAUCAAGAAAGAUUGACUCUAGCAGCUUACGAGAGUUUAGAUUAUCUCCCCUCACAUAGUGAUAUCUACAAGAAAUGGAUCAAACAUCAGAAAGUAUCAAGUUACCAAUUAGAGGUUUGGGCACUGAUGGGCUUGAUUGGAUUUACCAUUGGUGUCAUAGGAUUCUUACUUCAUCAGCUGAUUGAGAAAAUAGCUGAUGUUAAAUGGGAGAUAACUCAGAAAUAUAUUGAGGAUAAUGAUUUUGGUUUGGCAUGUUUGUUUGCCACUGGGUACAGUGUAGCAUUUAUCAUAUUCAGCGCUGGUAUUGUUAUUUAUCUCCGUCCUUGUGCUGGAGGGUCAGGCAUUCCAGAGAUCACUGGUUUUCUGAACGGCACAAAUGUCCGUCAUAUCUUUAACAUUAAAACCAUGGUUGUAAAAUUCUUCUCAUGUGUCACAUGUGUCGGGUGUGGUCUGCCGGUUGGACCAGAGGGGCCCAUGAUCCAUUUAGGGGCACUUGUUGGAGCUGGUUUGAGUCAGUUCAAGUCAGAGACAUUGGGUAUAAAAUUACCCAUCUUGGAGAAAUUCAGAACAUCGGAAGCUAGGAGAAACUUUGUAUCAGCGGGUGCUGCUGCGGGUGUGGCCUCUGCUUUCGGUGCCCCGGUGGGUGGGUUAUUAUUCUCGAUGGAGGAAGUGUCAUCAUUCUGGACAGUGACCUUAUCGUGGCAGAUCUUCUUUUGUUGUAUAGUGUCCACAUUCACAACAGAUUUAUUCAACUCUGCUUUCAUGGAUUUUAACUAUACAGGCAGCUUUGGAAAGUUCAAAACUAACAGAUAUAUUUUGUUUGAGAUCGACCAAGGAGUGGAUGUAAACAUUGUUAUGUUUCUACCUACAUUAAUAAUAGGAAUAAUUGGAGGACUUCUAGGGGCAGCAUUCACCAUUCUAAACCUGAAAAUUACCAGGUUUAGAAAAACUAUACUGUACAAAGUGAAGAAAGAUUGGGCACAAAAACUGAUCAAGUUGAUAGAACCGUGCCUUAUUAUGAUAAUAGUAACCAUCUUUUCAAUACUCAUACCAGCUGCCUUUAGUUGUACACAGUUUACCUGCAUAGAGGGGCAGACAGGGGAUAUUGUAAAGGGCUGUUUCAAUGACACAAGGAACACCUUGCAUGUAGACGAGUAUGUAGUAAGAUACACAUGUCCCCAGGGUACUGUCUGGAAAACCUCAAAUACUACAAUGCUUACAAAUGGAACUUACAAUGAAGUGGCGUCCUUGUUAUUUGGUACACUAGAAGAUGCUGUGACGUUCUUGUUUUCUCGUGACACACAUCUGGAGUUUAACUACCCAGCAUUGUUUUCUGUCUUGCCAUUUUAUUUCAUCGCUGUGUCAUGGGCAUGUAGUACUGCUGUAGCAUGUGGAGCGCUGGUUCCUAUGUUAAUGGUUGGUGCAAUAUAUGGUCGUAUUGUUGGUCGAAUGAUGGUGACCAUGUUUGGAGUGCAUCAGAUGGGGUACUGGGAAUGGAUGGAUCCUGGAGCGUUCGCUCUCAUUGGAGCUGCUUCAUUCUUCGGUGGUGUGACCAGGCUCACACUGGCGACCACUGUCAUCAUGAUGGAGUUAACCAAUGAUGUUCAAGUACUCUUACCUGUCAUGGUGGCAGUUAUGGUUGCUAAGUGGGUGGGGGAUUUCUUCACACAUCCAAUUUACCAUGCUCUAUUGGAAUUAAAAUGUAUACCUUUCCUGGAUCCAGAACCCAGAGUUACAAUUGAUAAGAAAAUGUUAGGAGAAGAAAAAGGAGGUUUUGUUAGGGUAAAUUUAGAGUUAUUCCAGGCAUGUGACAUUAUGUCACAUCCUGUGAUUACCAUUAAGACGCAGGAAUAUGUUCGAACCCUUGCGGAACUGAUGCAUGAUACAACUCAUGGAGGAUUUCCUGUUAUAAAGAAAGGCGGUACAGACGAGGAACAACAUUUCUACGGAAUGAUAACAAGGUUAGAAUUGACUGUGAUACUGAUGAACGAGGAUUUGUUUUUCCCGAUGUCCGAGUUAGACCAGCAUUACACAUCUCCGGAUGAACCGACAUGGAUCGAGUUUGAUCAGUUGAAUAUACAUAAAGUUCCAAAUCCUGAGGUAGUAGUUGAUAAAUUAGAGCGAUAUCUUAGAGAUCCAAAGUACAAGGACCUAGUCAUAGAUUUGAAUCCAUAUAUAAACCAGUCAGCUCUGGCAAUACCAGAGAAGUUUUCAUUAAAGCGUACAUAUGUGAUAUUCCGUACGCUCGGUCUACGUCAUCUAGCUGUGAUAGAUAAUACAAACAUUCUUAAAGGUUUAAUUACCAGGAAGGACCUCAUGGGCUUCAGCCUGCAGGAGAGGCUCUCUAAUAGACUACUUAAGGAUCACACCCUAAACGGCAGGGUGGAGAUGUCCAAUGUAGCCAGUAGCUCAAAUCUAGUGUGAUCAUAGAAAAUCUAAAUAUUUUUAUAGAUUUUGUAAUUAGAAAUGGGACCAUUGUCUUUUAGUGUAAUAUUGAAAAUAUUUGAUAUUAAAUAGGUUUACAUAUUUAAGAUAUCAUUUUAUAUGAAAAUAAUCAAAAGCUUGUGACAUUUUUCAUGGAGGCAUCAUUAUGAAACACCCUCAUAGGGUCAAGUCUUUCGUUAAGUUUUUUUCCCAUGUAUAAGUGUAUUAUUAUUUUAUUUAUUUUCCAUUUUCCUAUAUGAUUUUAUCAAAACUUUACUGUCAUUGCCUGUUUUUAAUGUAAAUCGUCCUUAUUCCAAAACAGUUUUUAAUUUUAAAGCUCCCUGAAUUUUUUAUUUGAGCUUAAAUAUAGUUACUGGUUAGUUGUUCCAUUUGUACAUACUUCUCUCUGUUACACUUCCUUACUAAUUCUCAUUAUUGACUGACACCACUCAUAUUCAGUGUAUUGUUCAGUUAUAUAUGGAACUUUACCCUUUUGCACAAUAUUCAGGGCAAUUGGAACAACGUCAAGGUCAAUGAGACUAUAAAUAGAUUUUCUUAUUUUUUCCUCAAAGUGAAGCAUCUUGGGAGAGCAUUCAUGACUGUUACCAAGAUUUUUGAUAGACUUUACAAAAACUAAGGUUCUUAUAUCUAAUCACAUGAUGGUUAAUGAAUAGUGUUCAUAUACAUGUGUAUGUCUUUGAAAAGUUUACAAAAACAUUGUUGUUAUUUGUUUCCUAGCAUAGAUUUUGAUAGUUUUCUAGUACAAAUUCAGUAUUUUGAAAAUGAUUCUUGCUGAUUUAUUUUCCCUACAUUCAAAUUUAAGGACAGAUAACUCAAAAAUGGGAACAGUGACCCCUUCACAUGUUUCUGUUAUCAUAUUCUAUCAACAUGCCAAGUUAAAAGAAAUUCUUUUGAACAAUUUUGAUUUUGCCUCUAUGUCUGUAUGAAAACUCCCAAAAUCGCCAUUAAUGUUAAUGGUAUUUCAUUUUGUUGUAACUUUCCAGUUUUAAAGUCCAUUGUUAAUAUGAGGGAUUUUGAUAAGAAAAUGUUUGAAUUGAGCAGUCAAUAGUAUUAAGUCUUGUCAAACUGCAAUGAUAUCAUUAGUAAUAAGUAUUAAGUCUUGUCAAACUGCACAGAUAUCAUUAGUAAUAAUGAUUAUUUAGCAGGUUUAUAUGACCCUGUGUAAUAAUUGAAAGCUUAUAUGACCAGAGUCACCAGGUGGAGGUUAUAUAGAAAAAAAUUAAGCUUAUAUGAAUGGAGUCACUAUGUUCAGGUUAUAUAGCAAAAUUGUAGACUUAAAUGACCUGAGUCGCUAGGUGGAGGUUAUAUAGGAAAAUUGUAAGCUUAUAUGACCUGAGUCACUAGUUGGAGGUUAUAUAGCAAACAGCCUGUUAUAUACAGCCAUAUAACCAACCUGUCAAAUAUCUUUGUAGUGAAUUAAUAAUACAUUUAGGUUAAAAAUUAUAGUUUAUUGAUAAAUCAAAAGUAGCCGUGUAUAUGGAUUACAUAGACAUCACAAUUACCAAAUGAAAAUGGAAGUUAAAAAAGUGCAGUAUUAUAUAUUCACCUUGAACCUAUGUGGCUAAG